AUGGAGGGAGAGAGAGAUCGGAUGAGCCAACUCCCUGAUGAUAUUCUUCUACUCAUCCUGGGUAAAAUGGAUACAUUUGAAGCCGCUAAAACCACGAUUCUCUCCAAUAGAUGGAAAAACCUAUGGCGUCUCGUCCCCAACCUCCGCUUCCACUUGAGCUGCAUCGGCCACCACGUCUGCGACUUAGAAGAUUUAGCUAUCCGCUUCUCUCACUUGGUCUCCCGCUGCCUCUCUCACUGUGACUCCGCAGCCGCUGUCCACGACUUUCACCUCUCACUCGACGUCCCUAGAUACAGUCUAGUCGACGACGAAUUCUUGGACGAAAUUGUGGAGGAAUGCGUGCUCUACGCCAUCAAUCACGACGUUCAAUCCAUCAGCGUCCAUACCAAUCGCUCACUAACGCUUCCUGUAUCCUGCAAGACGCUGCGGGAGCUCGACCUCCGGCAGUCGUAUGUUUACGUACCCGGGCGCUUAUCUUUACCAAAUUUGAAAACCCUUUAUCUUGAAACUGAAUUGUGCUUCCACGGUAAAGACAACAAAAUGGAGCCUUUUUCCGGCCUUCCCGAGCUGGAGAAGCUUACUCUCAUCGGUUCUUUUAUUUAUGGCCUUGUUAUAAAGGCACCAAAGCUUAGAGUUCUUGAAAUCACCACUCAUUCCGUAGUGAAAGAGAUUUACACUCCCUUGCUCACCUCUUUUAGAUACGAGUCUGAUAGGGCUUGGGAGUGUGCAACCGUGAAUCUCCCCAUGUUGGAGCAAGUCUAUUUAGACAUUCAUGAGACUAGACCCUGGUACAAUUAUCGGCAUCGCAUUCAUUUUGUUAGGAUGCUUCACCAAUUUGAAAGUGCCACCACAGUUUCAUUGACUUUGGACACUCUCAGGGUACCUUUCUCUCUCUUUCUCCUCAUACAAAUGUAUGUAUAUAUGCACUAUAUUGUAAUGGUUGUUUGA